AUGAAAUCACGAGUGGGUCUCUCGUACUCACUAGGCGAUACGCUGGCGUGGGGGAACCACAUCUUGCCAAUUUCAGCAUUGGUGUGUACCUCAGAUCGAGUGAUAACCGGCGGCCGUGACGGGGUUGUUAAAAUAUGGCAUACCAGUGAAUUCCCUAAAGCUACAACAGUGCACGGCACUAAUGGGGUCAUUGACGAAGAUUUAGAUACGCUGCUCUUAAAAUUAGAGCAAGCGAUAUCUGGUCAACCGCUACCAUACUCACUGCAUCCCCGCUAUCCCCUUGAGGUGGGCCAACUGUUUCCAAUUCAUUUCGACUGGGUAAACGAUGUCGUGCUGGUUAAUUUUGGUCGUCUGAUUGUACUGUGUUCUCUGGACUUACUGAUCAAAGUUGUGGAUUGUGAACUGGGACAAGUCGACAAGUUUGCGAAUGCCCACACAGACUACAUUAAAAAGUUGCUGGUGCUGGCAGCCCGUGACGAUGUUAUUUAUCUGGCUGGUUUAGAUGGAAACAUCAUUGAGUGGGACCUUCCCACGCUCACUCCGCUCGUUCUGAUGCGUAAUGUUACUACGACUCAGCCUUCACCACUGCUGGUGUACCUGAUUGCCAAUUGGGAUCGACUAGUUGCUGCCGGGGGACCAUCAAACACAAUCAACUUAUUUGAUCCUCGUCUUCCGCAGCCAUUUCUCCGCAAACUUAUCGGACACCAAGAUGUGAUUCGCACUCUUGCUAUGAAUGAGACACAUGUGGUUCUGGGGUCAUCUGACACAACCAUCAAAGUUUGGGAUUUGCGCACUUUCAAACUGGACCGUACUAUCGAUGUACAUGAUCACCCUGUGUGGUCACUUACAACCCAUUCUCCUCAUGAUUUCAGAUAUCUCUACUCGGGCGACCGUGAGGGACGUAUAGUGAAAACCGACUUGAGUCAAUGGGCGUCAUAUCAACUGGCUCCUGCCCCUGAGUUUGCAACCUUGACCACCUCUGAGUCGUCGUCAUACGACGACGGUGUUGGUGUAUCUGUGGUGGUAGCCGAGAACGCGUCUCUGAUCCUUGCAUUAGGCGUUGCAAAUGGCACAAUCCAUGCUCUGACAUCUCAUUCCCUUGUACAAUACGCAGAUCCAGACACCCGUCAAGUUCUGCGUUACCAGUACUUACGAAGUGGGCUUGAUCAUUUGAUUGAUAAAGAGUAUGACAAUAAUGAUCCUGCUAUUGGCCAUGUCCCCGACGACAUCCAACUGGAAUUUUACGACUUAAUUUCGCAUUUACUGAUAGAGACCGGCCCUGCGCCCGUUAUGGACGCCCAGCUGCUUUUAAGUGGGGCGGGUUUGACAGCUUUGAAUCAUGAGCCGCUACCAGAAACCGAUACCGAAGAUGAGGAGAGCGUGGCGACCAUGUUCUUGGAACCCAAUGGAGGUACACUGCAGUUGUACGUCAAUGCCUAUAUGGAUCACGCCUUCCUGGAGAACAAAGUGGUCAAUCCGUUUGAGCGCUCAACCUCCGAUGAACAAUUUAUAGAUCAAACACCCGUUGAGAUUGUGCAGCUGGCUUCAACGCUGCUUUUUAUCAUCCCAUUUAACUCGAAACCGCUGGUCGUGACUCCCAUUGUGCCAAUGAGUGUAAUAUCCAAACGGAUUCUUAACAAUAAGCGCCAGGUUCUUGUUCUCUACUCAAAUGGUGACAUUGUUACGUGGGAUCUACUCACCUGUCGUCAACUACCAGAUAAAUGGCGAAUGCCAGAUGCUUCAAUCGCUGGUCUCGAUGACAAACAAGUUGAACAGCGGUCUAAGGACAUGGAUGCGCUUUUCAACAAGAUGCAAACACACGAAGCGCUUAGCAAUUGGUGUGAAGUUGAAAUCAAAGCCGGUAAGUUGUUCGUUACUAUAAAAGAGCUGUCAUUUUGUAAUGUUGAGAUUUACCAUGAUGAUUUAUGCCACAGUUAUCCAUUUUUGCAAGCCGACUCGUUGGGUUUGCCAGAUGACCGCUAUAUCGUGGGCCAGAUUUUGAUCAACUCAUUGUUUCAUGAGUACGCUGUGUUUGAAUGGGGUUUUGACCGCCAGGUGCGAGAAGAACUUCGUGCACAAGAUGGAAUACCACAACCAGCGGCACCUGUUAACGGAGCAACGCUACCAGCAGAUCUGGCCGGAGGAUUCAAGAAGUUUUUUGGGAAAAAGCGUAAGGAAGGAGCCGCAGAGAAUACUCACAGUUUGGAAAUGCAGGAAUGCUUGAGUGUGUGUUCCCAACGCAUGCUGAGUGAGCGUUUUUUGAAUGAAGAAUUGCCAGCAAAGCGUUCUCCCCAUUUUGAGGAGCUGGUUUACAUGCUUAUUCAUACCAACAAGCAGAUCUACAUGGAGAAUUAUAAGUCUUCCAACUAUAAACCCGGUACUUUGGUGGAUCUGGCGCUUAGAGUUGAUCAUAUUGACCCAAGGUAUCGAGAUCCCUCGAGAGAAGACAGAUUUCCAUAUGUUCCUUUUAUCGAUCCUCGUACUCAGCUUCCGCCUGACUUGCAAAUCAUGAUAUUUGAAUAUCUGAGUGAGUUAGGUAAUUAUCGUGAAUUGCGCCGAUUUUCACUCAACGAUAUCAACCUGAAUGAUCAUGUACCUGAAGUUCGACAGAGCUUGCCGCGAUGGAUAGGCAGACCCAUCUUGUAUAACAAAAUGCCUCAACGAGAACAAAUCAAGUUGGCAUUUUCACUUGCGGAGAUUGAUUAUGAGAAACUUGCUCCACACAAAAAGAUCGGUGGCAAGCUGCAAAAGAAAAUCAAGAAGCUCCCUUUACUUGAGCCAAACAUAAAAUUGGCUUCACAUAACAUGUUACGUGUCUCGAAGAUUCUUCAGUACUUAACCGAGAAAUUUGAGCCUAAAACUCUGGAAAUGAAACUGGGAAAAUUGGCCUGGGAGUGGUUGGUUCUUGAAUGCAGAGGCAUCGAGCUUGAUCCUAAUAUGACGUUGCAAACUAUCAAAGCGAGAAUCUGGAAAUCUAGCUCAGAUAUUGAACUAUAUUUUCGUCGGCGGUUUGAUUGA